ACAUAAUCUCUUAGAAUUUACCAAGUUAUUGCUGAUGUAUCUACUUCAUACACCAGUAUUUUCAUGAGUAUGAACCGACUCUUAUCCAGAUCGGGUAUUUUGAAACAUCAAAGUGAUAUGAUAUAAUAUACAUAUAUUCUUACAAAGAAUAGCAAGCUCAAUCUGUAAAAAUGAUUUCGAAAAGAAAUCCAGUAAUACCGAGAUAACUCGAUAACUCUCUUCCUAAAACAAACGAAAAUCUAAAUCCGUUAAAAUUACUAUUCUAUUUCUAUAUACUACUAUCAGUUCAAAUGUUUGCACUUCUCACUUGCUUGAAUGUCUUCUUUUGCAUAUCAGCAUCUUCAGAUCUCUUCAACAACACUUUCCAAUGGCGUCAAGUUCUUAAUUGAUUUCAAUUUUAGCAUAGAAAGGGAUCUACUGCCUUUCAAUAAAGCCAACAACUUGGGAACAUGCAAAUUUCUUGUGUUUAUUUGCUAAAAUUAAUUGACUCAAUCGAAUUGAUUGUGAUAUACAUACCUAAAUCAUAGAGUAUUCCGGAACGUGGUGAGCAUACAUACUUAUGUCAUUUCCAAUUCAAAAAUGUAUGGAACUUACUGAGAUGCAGGGAACUCUAUUAUAAGUAAACAAAACAUUAACACAAGAUCAGUUAACUACACAUAUUUUUCGAAAAAUUUCCUUGAAUGCAUAGGAAGGAGCAAAACCACAAAUUCUGAGUCAAAAACACCCAUUGUGCCUCACGAAAGAAGAUCCGAGAGAAAAGCUAAUACACUGGACGUAGUUCUUAACCAGAGAGUAAACACGAUGUUAUGACCCCUAUUCAUGAAGUCUCGAUGCUCUUUGCUAUAUCUACAAGCUAAACAUUCAUAUAUUCCUCUUGAUCCUGCAAGAUCAGUAAACAAGGGAAGAUUUCACGACAAAAUUAAGGCCUAGACACAUUGCAUGUGUAAGCAUUAGUCUUACGAGCAUCUCUCGCUAUCUCUAUAAUGUGUCAAGUGGGGAGAUAAGCAACAUUUUUGGAAGUAACCAAGGUAGCUUAGUGAAAGAUAUUUUUAACCGAUUAAACCUUGUUUGUAUACACUUCACACUUGUAACUAUAUUCAUGCCCAAAAAUAAAACUUCGGUAGCGUUCGUUGAUAACGAUGGUGUGAUAAGCGUACAAGUGCAACUGAACUUGACAAAAAUCAUAGUGAAAGACUUCUUCCUUAGAUUCUUUCUUAAUGAUUCGGAAAUUGAAUAAUCAUCAAGAUAAAUAGUAACCGCCGCUAUAUACACACACACAUACAAGCGCAUAAAUGCACUCGCCCAUAAAAAGUGGGAUUAUGCAAACGUUUUUUUGGCAAUAUAAAGUGUAAAUACUGUUUAUAUAGAGCUUUAGAAUCGCUAACGAAAGCAAAGCGAAAACCCAUGUUCUUUUACUCUCCUCUAGCAACAAUGUACUGAAACAUACUAAUUACGGCAGCAGCAUUGUUUAUAUGCCGAAGACUGGGCGCGAGUACGCCGCAGUCGAUCGCAGCCGGCAUAGCUGCUCGUAUAUAAGAGCUAAAAGUUUUGAAAAAUGUUGUAAUUUUCAGAAAUGGCAAGGAACUGAACUGUAUAUGACUGAGUGUAAUAGUGUGUGUAUAUAGCGAAGAGAUUAUAAGGAAUCGGUCGGAAGUUAAAAAAAAAAAAUAAUAAAACAACUUUAUUUAAAUUACAAAAACCAUAUUUGAAAAAUAUAAAUAAAUAAAAUGGGUUUGCCGGUAAUGGACUUCGACGCGAUUUUGAAGAAGUGCGGUAACUUUGGACGUUUUCAAUUUCUGAUAAUGCUGUGCUUUGGGCUUACAAAUCUGCUCUCCUCCAUGCAUUAUUUUGCACAAACGAUAAUCAGCUUUACACCGCAGCACUGGUGUUACCACGAAAAGCUGUCGAAUGCCAGUUUCAAUGAAAUUCGCGCCGUCUACGCACAAACUUCCAAUCCACAUUGUACCCUGUUAGACGAUAUAGUCGAUGGCAAACCGAUUGCUGCCGUAACGGGUAAAUGCCAGCAGUGGAUUUAUGAAUAUGAAAGUGGUUAUAAAAGCGUUACCUCAGAACUAAACUGGGUAUGUGAUGAAUCCAUACAAUCUGCGAUCGGUCAGUCACUAUUCUUUGUUGGUUCAGUGAUAGGUACGGUAUUCUUUGGAUUCCUGGCAGACAAGAUCGGUCGACUCCCUGCGUUGAUCUGCACUACACUUACUGGCGCUGCAGGCGACUUUCUCACAACAUUUUCCACCAAUUUGCCACUCUUCUCAUUAUUUCGCUUCAUCUCGGGUUUAUCCACAGACACAUUUUACUAUCUCAUGUACAUAAUGGUCUUCGAGUACUUGAGUCCCAGAAAACGUACACUCGGUUUGAACAUGGCCACCGGCAUAUUCUACUUCCUCGGUUUGGCUUUAGCACCGUGGUUUGCACUAUGGUCUGGUUCGUGGCGCGGCUACCUAUACAUCGCAUCGGUGCCGGCGGUAAUUGUGCUGUUAUACCCUUUCCUCAUUUGUGAGAGCGCACAAUGGCUGAUGGCGACUCAGCGCUAUGAUCGUGCGGUUAAAUGUCUCAAACAUGUUGCCAAGAUCAAUAAACGUGAUGUGAAAGAAGAAGAGUUUGAUGACUUCAUUGCGUACUAUAAACAGAAAACGAGUGAGCAACUCGUAAAGACAACAAACAAAGACACUUUUUGGGGAAUGUUCCGCACACCACGUCUGCGCAAAUUCACCAUUAUGAUGCUGAUAAAGAACAUGUUUCUCGCGCUCGCACUCGAUGUGAUCAGCCGCAAUAUGGAGGGCAUGGGCAGCUCACCUUUUAUACUUUUCUCAGCCACUUCAGUGGUUUACGUAUUGGGCAGUUUAACCAUCAUUUUGCUGCAAAAUCGCAUAGGUCGCAAGGGUAUGGCUUUCAGUACGCUCUUCGUAAGCUCAAUAAUCAUCGCAGCUACCGGUUUUCUAAUUGCCUUUACCGAUACGGAGAAAAACGCUUUACUUCUUGCCAUUAUGGUGGGUCUCGGUCGCUAUGGCGUCGUCGUGAGUUAUGAGGCGGAGGCACAAUACUCUUCCGAAUUCAUACCGACCACUGUGCGUGGACGUGGCAUGGCCAACAUACAUGUUGCCGGCUUCGCCUUUACGAGUCUAAACUCAUAUGUGAUAUAUUUAGGAUACUACUAUAAACCGCUACCGUCCAUCUUCAUAUCAGCUUUAAUGUUAAUUGGGGCACUUUUAUGCCUGGCACUGCCUGAGACCAUGAAUCAAAAACUACCACAUACUUUGAAGGAUGGCGAGGAGUUUGCACGCCAUCAGCGCUGGUACUAUUUUGUAUGCUUCGAUAGAAAGAAAGACAAUAAAGAAACUGGAGUCACUAAUGGAUGAAUGCGUAUAUUUAAUCAGUUUUGUGGAACUUUCCAUUGCAAUUGCUUGUUUAUUAUUAUGUAUUAAAUGCAGGGCUAUUUUUGUUUUCAUUUUCAACGCUUAAUUUGUAUUAAUCUCUUUUCGUGUGAAAUAACUGAGAUACUAUUUGAAUAGAAUUAAAUAAAUUCGUAUAGUUAUUUGUGAGCAACA